AUGCACAACAAAGCAUGGUUCACUGAACGCCGCCUCCGACAACAAAGGGCUGCUAUCCGACAGAUCCUCGCUUACCUAGAGGCGUCAGCCCAUCCUUUUUCCCGUGUAGCCCACCGGCAUCUGCCACCUCAGGAAUAUGUGGCGUUGUGUCCAAGCAACACGGUCCACCUGGACCUUGGACCAUUGUCGGGCCGUGCGCUGCACAACUAUGUCGGCCGCCAGCUCACAGCAAAGUGCCAAAAAGUCGUACGCGCAUCUGUCUUUGAGCUUCACCGCCUUGGUGGCGAAUAUACUGCGAAAAGUGCUGUUACGGAGGCGAAUGAUGGCCAAUACGCAUCCUCUUAG